AUGCAAGCGGGGAAUUUCGACUGCUACGCCCUCUGCAAGAUUUGUGAUGAAUUCCCAUUUCCGGCAACGCCAUGGCCACGAAGUGUUCGACCUCACCAAAAAGAAAUCAUGUGGAAUCAGCGCAAUUUGAAUGCACCACCUCUGGUGACCCUCAAAUCCACGCUGCCGGCACGUGAAAUGCCUGAAAUGCGAAAGAGCCUGGAAGAGGCUCGGAAAUGUCUUUCAGUGGCGCUUUUGGGGCCUCCAGCGGCUAGAAUCUCACGUUCAAUCGCCAGGAUGUCUCAGCAAUUUCGCUCCACGGUGGGCUUCAAAUCCCUGCGCAAAAUGAACAUAGCUUUGUUGCGUGCAAAAGAGGUGAAGAUCGUGGACUGCGUGGAAAACGUCUUAGGCUGCUUUCCUACAUAUGCGGCUGAGAGUCAAGGCGGCGCGCGUUUACCCUCGAGGCAGUACAUUGAGUACAUGCUGUUGCGGAUGAUGGGACUGACAAGAAUCCUCUGUAGAGUGGUGUUCUUGUCUAAGGAAGUGGCGAGAUUCUUCCUCGGCACGAUCAAUCGCGGACAUUUCAUUGACUUGGGAACAAUGAUUUUGGCCACAGUGGCGGAAGUUUGGAAACACAGCAAAGAUCUGUGUAGAAACACUGUGCUGAUGUACAACAGGUUGUUCUCUAUGCAGAGGCAUUUUGCUAGGACGGAAUCUGUGUUCUUGAAGGGAUUUUCCUUGCCUCAGAGACUCGAUCAAUGGCUUGGAAAAGAGUGGAAAGAGACUCUUGAAGAGGUAACGGGCAGUUUCACGCCGUCUAAGCCUCAAUCACAAUUUGUGGAGUUCAGCGAUGAGGAGGAAGACGCUGCUGGUGCCCCUGAAGAGACUCAGCAGCCCGUUCCGAUGGAGUUGGACGAAGAGGAGACUGGAAUAGUGAUAGACAGACAAACUUUAUCAUCUCACACACCACAUAACAUCUUUGAUAAGAAGUCUCUGAUGAAAUUCCUGCAGGACGAGAGCAAAUACCGGAAACUGAAUGAUUCCAGAAGACUCACGAAGUUAGUUUCUCACAAAAAGUGGCAGAAAUUCCAGGAGAAAUUGAAUGAAGCCUCAAAAAACAAAUCAAAAGCAGAUUUGAUGCUCAUGUUCAAUGCAAAUUGGACAAAUUUAGUGAAAGACUGAUCUUU